UUUUGGUGUAACUAAUCGAAUCCUAGGGUAGGUGAUCUCUCUUUGAGCUCACACAGAGAGAGAGAGAGAGAGAGAGAGUGAGAGAAUGGGGAAGACAACUUACAAGAGGCUGAAGGGGAGUCAGAACCUUAGGCACAGGCUUUUGCUGGCCACGCUCUCGUCUAGUCCUAUUCUAAUUGAGGAUAUCCGUGCUGACGAUACACUGCCUGGCCUUCGUCAACAUGAGGUCUCCCUCCUUCGGUUGUUUGAUAAGGUCUCUGAUGAUUGCGUCGUCGAAAUUAAUGAAACCGGGACCAAAUUGAAGUACAGGCCCGGCAUUGUGAUGGGUGGGAGACAUCUUGUCCAUGACUGUGGUGUCAGUCGGUCCAUUGGCUAUUUCUUGGAGCCAUUGAUUUUGCUUGGUUUGUUUGCAAAUAAACCCCUCACUAUAAGGCUCAAAGGUAUUACGAAUGAUUCUAAUGACCCAUUAGUGGAUACUUUCCGAUCUACUACCCUGCCCUUGUUAAAGCGCUUUGGAGUUCCUUCAGAAGGAUUAGAUCUAAAAAUAGAGUCUCGUGGAUCCCCUCCUCAUGGAGGUGGAGAAGUUGUUUUGACAAUUCCAGUUGUUCAAAGUCUUAAUGCAGUCACCUGGACUGAUGUUGGAAUGGUCAAAAGGAUUAGAGGAGUUACUUUCUCGACCAGGGUGUCUUCCCAGUUUGAAAAUACCAUGAUACAUGCUGCUCGUGGCAUUUUUAAUCGCUUUAUUCCUGAUGUUCACAUCUUUACUGAUCAUAAGGCAGGCACACAAGCUGGAAGCUCCCCUGGUUAUGGAAUUUCACUUGUUGCGGAAACUAAUGCUGGUUGCUUCAUCUCCGCUGAUAUGGCUAUUGCUUAUGCACGGGAAGAAGAAACAGGUGAUAUUGAAGAUGAGAAGAAAGAGUUGAUGCCUCCUGAAGAUGUUGGCGGGCAAAUUGCUUCUAUUCUACUUGGGGAAAUCGAGCAAGGCGGCGUUGUAGAUUCGACACAUCAGGGAUUGUUAUUUCUUCUUUGUGCAUUAUGUCCACAAGAUGUUUCAAAGAUUCGCUCUGCAAAGCUUUCACCAUAUGGAAUAGAAAUGCUUAGACACAUAAGAGAUUUCCUUGGUGUUAAAUUUGUUAUAAAGCCAGAUCCAUCCACAGGGACUGUUAUACUUAAAUGUAUUGGUUGUGGAUUGAAGAACCUAAAUCGAAAGGUCUCAUGAUGACUGCUUGUUCGAGUUAAAGGGCUCUCUCCAUGGAUCGACAUGGAAACAGUUUUGUACUCAUGCUUAGUGUCUUUUUGAGUAGAUAAAUUUGAUGUUAUCCUCUUAACAAAAUUGUGGGUACAGGUUAGCAUAAAUAGAUAAGUUUUGUUCAAUAUUCACUUGGAAUGACUAGCCGAGACAUGUUAUGGUGUAAUUUAUUGGAACCUAUAGGAACAAUCAUAACAAUUUUUAUGUCUACAGAUGCACGUUGUUUUUUGGUUU